AUGUAUGCAACGGAACAAGGCGCCCAAAUCAUAUCUAUGCCAUGGACAAUCAAGCCGCCGACAGAACAAAAGAAGAAAGACGAAUUUGAUGAUGCAAUCCACAAUGCCCUGAACACAAAGGGCCUCCUUAUGUUUUGUGCUGCAAGUGAUCAGGGAAGUUCUGCUGACCUGAUGUAUCCGUACGGCAGCAACCCUAACAGCUUCAGAAUCAGCGCUGCUAAAGCCACGGGCAGUAUGCUCGACACGGUUGGCGAUGCGCACGAGCUUAGCUUCAUUUCCCCUAGCAACGAGGUUGUGAUUGACCACGACUAUCAAGAUGUGCAAGACAAAGCAUUCCGGGAAUUCGAAGCUCUUUCUGGUAGCUCUGUGGCGACUGCACUUGCAACUGGUUUGGCCGCACUUGUCAUGAGUGCGUCAGACUAG